UGGGGCUGCCAUGGUGGGGUGAAGCAUGAGAGGGGCAGUGGCAAUUAUGGGGAGACCUCAGCAGAGCUGAGGGAAUCAUCAUGGGGCUGAGACGUGAUGGUUGAGGGGGGUUACGCUGUGAUGGGGACAUGGGAUUGUCACCCCCACACACUCCCCAGGAUUGCUCCUGGUCCCCCAGGAGGCUGCUUGACGUCGCGCUCCAUCCAUCUGCGGCGUGCCUGUGAGGAGGAGCAUCCCUCCUGCCUCGCCUGCCCUGCCAUGGCAGCGGGCAGCCGGGCACUGAGCCGCCUGCCCCUCCACGCCGUCCCCAGGCUGCUGCCGGCCGUCGCCGGCUCCCGCCGCCACAACUCCAACCGCGCCUCCGUCUGCCACCUCCACCGGCAGCUCUACGGCCGCCUCUACCCUGUCCUCCUGGUCAAGACCGACGGCUCCACCGUCCGCCUGCGCUACAGAGAGCCCAAGAGGAUCCUCAUGCUGCCCCUGGACAGCAGCGCCCUGCCCGAGGCGGAGCGCAAGGCCCGGCUGCGGAGGCAAUUCCCCAGCAGGCCGAAGGCUGAGCCGGAGGAGACCUUCCAGGGCAUCGACAUGGGCACCUACAAGCGGUUCUGGAAGAAGUGAAGAUGAGAAAUAAAAGCGUCCGAGCGAUGAAGGCGGGAAACGA